AUGUCAAAGUGUAUCAUCUCUCCCUCCGUCCUUGCUAGUGAUCUUUCGAAAUUGUCAGAAGAAUGUCAACGAAUGAUCGAUAAUGGGUGCGACUGGUUACAUAUGGACGUCAUGGACGGUAACUUCGUACCCAACAUAACGAUGGGUGCCCCGAUCUUGACAUGGGUGAAGAAGAACGUCCCAGAGAUAUUUAUGGAUUGUCAUAUGAUGGUUGCCGAUCCAGCCAAAUGGGUACCGGAGGUUGCGAAAGCUGGUGGAAAGAGUUAUACCUUCCAUUAUGAAGCUACUUCCGACCCAGAUGGAGUCAUCUCCCUAAUCAAACAACACGACAUGCUCGUUGGCCUUGCCAUAUCACCCGAAACUCCCGCUAGCGUCAUCACCGAAUCGCUCGGAAACGCCGUCGACAUGUUAUUAGUCAUGACCGUCAGACCAGGACACGGUGGUCAGAAAUUCAUGCCUGAAUGUUUGGAGAAGGUCAAAGAGCUCCGAGAGAGGUUCCCAGGUAAGAAUAUCCAGGUUGACGGUGGAGUAGGAUCAGGGAAUGCUUGUCAGUGCGCUAGAGCUGGCUCAAACGUCCUCGUAGCUGGAACAGCUAUCUUCGGAGCUGAAGAUCCGAAAAAGACAAUCCAGGAGAUGAGAUCUACCGUCGAUCAAGUCAUCGCCGAGCAGAAGAAAUAG